AAGGCGCCUUUCGCAAACACUGAAAGCUAUAAAAUGGUGGAGAACUGUGGACACCUUAAGUACAUUGAACUUGAGAAUUACAAAUCGUAUAAAGGGAAACAGGUCAUAGGACCUUUUAGUACAUUUACAGCAGUUAUAGGCCCAAAUGGAUCUGGUAGGUUACAGUUAAAAUUCUUACAUGCAGGAAAAUCCAAUCUUAUGGACGCUAUUAGCUUCGUACUUGGUGAGCGUACUCGUCACCUGCGAGUAACAAGACUUAGUGUAAGUGUUGAUUUGUACUUAUUUUCUCAGGAUCUUAUCCAUGGGUCGGUCGUGGGGAAGCCUGUUUCAAAGACUGCAAGCGUUACAGCUGUCUAUCAAAUGCCAGAUGGGGUCGAGAAGCGUUUCAGUCGGUAUAUCAGCGUUAACACAUCCGAAUACCGCAUUGACGGGGUCCCCGUGAAAGUCGAGGAAUAUGCUGAAGCGCUCGAGAAAAUACACAUUUUUAUGAAAGUGAAGAAUUUUCUAAUCUUCCAAGGGGCUGUGGAAAGCAUUGCGAUGAAAAAUGCCCGCGAACGUUGUCAGAUGUUUGAAGAAAUUAGUAGAUCUGCAGAAUAUAAAGAAGAGUACGACAGAUCAAAGGCUGAGAUGCAGAAAUUGGAAGAAGAGGCCACAUUCAACCUAAACAAAAAGAAAAAUAUUGUCGCAGAGCGUAAAGAGGCCCGCAUAGAGAUUGACGAAGCGGAAAAGUACAAACGGCUUCAUCAUAAAUGGCUGUCUAAAAGAACCGAAUUGCAACUUUUCCGGUUGUACUACAACGAUGUCGACCUAAAGCGGGUGCACGAAGAGUUACAACAACGCGAGGAAAUAAUUGAACAGGAAAAUGCACACCGACAAACAAUAGAAGAAGAGAUUCGUGAGAAACGACGAGAGCUGGGGAAACUUCAUCGAGAUCAAACUGCAUUAGAACAGGAAAUUAAGAAAUGUGAGCAAAAGGUUUCCAAGAAAAAACCAGAAUACAUUAAAGUGUCCCAACUAUUGCGUCAUGUGAGUGAUAAGCACAAGGAAUCGAAGAAGUCGUUGGAAAAUGCACGCCAGCAGCACAGUAGUCACCGCCAAGAGAUGGAUCAGCUCGAAGCUGAGUAUUCGCGCAUUUUAGCCCUAAAGGAAGAGUACGAACACCAACAAAAUAAAAAAAGUCAGGAACAAGGACGUUCACUUGAAUUGGAGGAUUCACAGUUAGCAGAGUACCAUAGGCUAAAACAGAAGGUGGCGCAACAUACGUCGAAUCUUUCAACCCAGCUCGAUGCCCUUAGACGCGAGUAUGACGAACAAAAAGAUCUCUCCGAUGGCCUUGAAAGACGCAAAGAAGAAAUCGAAAAUUCUCUUCGCCUGAAGCAAACUGAACUCAAUGACAAUCAAAAGCGUCUUCAGCGGCUGAUAGAGUUUAUUGAGUCUAGUCACCGUUCUAUUGCUGAGCUAUCAGAAACGGAGAAGAUCAUUGGCGAGGAAGUUGAGAACGCAACAAGAAGAAUUGAGGAAAUUAACUCGGAAUUGGAAACAGUGAUUUGUCAGUUGGGCGAAGCCAAAGUUGAACGUCACGAGUCCUCUCGAGCCGUUAAGAAACAGGAACUAAUAGAGAAUCUCAAACGGCUCUUCCCGGGUGUGCAUGGCCGUCUCAUGGAGAUGUGUGAACCAUCGCAUAAGCGUUACCAAAUUGCCAUCACCAAAGUCCUUGGUAAAUACAUGGACAGUAUCGUCUGUGACAGCGAGAAGACCGCAAAAGAUUGCAUUCAUGAAAUCAGUGAUCCACCAAACGUGCACUUGGUGAUUGAUGUCAUUAACUGUGACCCUGUCAUAGCAAAAAAGGCCCUCCAAUUCGCUUGUGGCAAUGCUCUUGUCUGCGACACCGUCGAACACGCACGUUAUGUUGCCUAUAACAUGGGUGACCGGAAGAAAACUGUUUCCCUUGAUGGAACGCUCUUUCAGCGAUCUGGAAUCAUCUCGGGAGGUGCAAGUGACCUUAAGGCCAGAGCUAAACGAUGGGACGAAAAGCAAAUAAGCUCGUUAAUGGCUCGACGCGACGCCCUUCACGCCGAGUUAAAGGAACAGUUGAAACGAAAGCGGAAGGAGGCUGAACUCCGGACUCUUCAAUCACAGAUCAAUGGUCUUGAAAAAAGGCUAAAGUACACGCAGAAGGAUAAAGAGAGCACGGAAGAAAGACUUCUCAGUGGAAAUGAAGAGGAGAUGAACAACUUGAGGGCCAAAUUAGAAGAAGUGAACGAGCGCCUGAGUAUGUGCCAAACGAAAAUGCAGGAACUUCAAAUCUCCAUCAAUGCCGAAAAAGCAAAAAUGGAUAAUGUUGAGGAUACGGUGCUGCAUGACUUUUGUGUCAGUAUCGGAGUAGAGAACAUUCGAGAAUACGAAGACCGUGAGCUACGCAUUGCUCGUGAACGGGAUAGGAAACGCAUGGAGUUUACUAACCAACUUCAGCGUAUCAACAAUCAAUUGGAAUAUGAGAAAUCCCGUGACACUCAAGCUGCGGUGCACCGUUGGGAGGAAACAGUACAGAGUGAGCGUUUGGAGAUGGAUCGCUGUAAGAAGCAAGAGAAACGUCUGAAAGACGAGAUGGAGGUGGACGAAAUUCGCAAAAGUGUGCUCGAAUCCCAAUUGGGCGAGUAUCAGCGGAAAGGUGAGCAUCUGGACUCCGAAUUGGCUGAACUCAGCCGACGCCUGGUCACGCGGAAGCGCGAAAUUCAGAAACUCCAGAAGGAGCUGAGCCAGAUUGAAGCACGGCUCGAAGCCAAACGCUCCGAACGACACUCGUUGCUCCAGUCGGCGAAGAUGGAGGAUCUUCAGUUGCCGUUGAAGCCCGGCGCAAGUUCAAUGCCAGAACUGGAAAGUCAGUUGUCGGCAGAGAGCGAGGGUGCCGAUCUCAACUCCGAAGAAAUGAUGCGCGUCUAUGCCAUGGAGGCCCGACUGCUGCUUGACUACAAGCAACUCGAAAAGCCUCUCCGCAUGAUUGCUGACGAAAAGGAAGUCAAUCGGAAAGCGGAUGAGAUGCAAGCUGAAAUAGACCGAAUGCAAAACGAAUUAUCGCGAUUCCAAGCGCCUAACUUAAAGGCAGGGGCAAAACUGGGCAAUGUGGAGCAGCGUCUUCGCUCGACGGAGGCGGAGUUUGAGGAAACACGACGCAAAGCGAGGAAAGCUCGGGCUCAGUUUGAGAGGAUUCGUCGCCUCCGAUGCAAUGCCUUUAUGAAGUGCUUCCUUUCCAUCGCGGACAACAUCGAUCCCCUCUACAAAGCACUCUCGCGCAACCCUGGUGCUCAGGCUAGCCUUCUGCCCACAAAUGCCGAAGAGCCCUACUUGGAAGAGUUGCAGUUUCAGUGCGUAGCGCCGGGAAAACGUUUCCAGCAGAUGGACUCCCUCUCUGGUGGCGAGAAGACAAUCGCUGCGCUUGCUCUCUCCUUCGCCAUGCACCAGUACAACCCAUCGCCUUUCUUUGUCCUUGACGAGAUUGACGCCGCACUUGACAAUACCAAUAUCGGCAAGGUGGCCUCCUUCAUCCGUGAAUAUUCGCGCACCCGCGCGCAAGUUAUCGUCAUUUCACUGAAGGAAGAAUUCUAUUCGCGAGCAGACUCUCUUAUUGGCAUCUAUCCUGAUACGAUUUCAAGGGCGCGCAAAGAGGUUGAGGAGUGCCUCAUACAGUGCAGAGACCUCUUGCUCAAGACUGAGGUUGAGACUCUCACCCCCAAGUCCUUUCCCGAAUGCGCCCAGUUGACUGCCGAACUGGGUCUCUCUGGUGACACCAUACUCGAGGCCAGCGUCAAGGUCACGCGGCCCUCAGCACCACCGUUUACAGCUUACAUCCGCGAGGGUUACGGGACACCGUUUAAGUUACAGCAAAUGCAGGAUUGUUUGAAUUAUGUCUGUCAAGCCCUCUCCUGCUGUCACAAUGCUCCUCUACUCGACUUGUGGACGUGCCUACAAAGUGCGCUCAAAUCACUAACCAUCCCACCUUCCAAUGUAUUCUCUGGGUUCGAAAAAUCGGAUACUCGUGUUUGCUUCUACCCUCCCCUUUCACCGGAUACCAUUCUGCAAAUUUACUUAGACGGAGCAGACCUCGUCCUAUGUGUGUACUUUGUGUCUCUUGACAAAUCCAAACAAAACUUCGGCUCAGCUGUCCGUCUUCGUGUUGUGUGUUCCAUUCCACGGCUUCGAGAAAUCCUCCUCCUUCUCAAGGAGGCGAGCAACGCCGUGGCGUUUUGCAUGAAUGUGGUAUGCAAAUAA